AUGGUAGGACUUGAGAAGGUUUUUGAUAGCUUUCUCUCUCGAAACCCUCAACCCAAUUCAGGCUCACUCCAACCUGUCGAGGCUCACCGUAACGCGCAUGUUCGUGGGCUCAACUUGCAACUUACUGACGCACUUGAUGCGUUGGAAGCGGAGAAGAAAAAAGGCGAAGAGCUUAACAAGAUGAGGAAAGAUAGCCGAGACAAGUGUUGGUGGGAAGCACUGGUUAGUGAGCUUGGACUUCAACAACUCGAGCAAUUGAAUGUGGCAAUGGAGGAUCUAAAGAAGAAUGUUGUGAAGCAAGGCGAGAAGAUUCAGAUGGAGGAAUCAAACCUUUCGAGGUUUUUUGCAGCUGGGUCAAGUUCCAUGGGAGAGCAUGUUGGAGGUGGUCCUCGUGAUGUUAAGGUUUCUGGGCUAGGUCUGUCCAUGACUCCACAUGGAUAUACACUUGGCUAUGGACAUGGGUUUUUCUGA